CUCCUCUGCCUGCUGCCUUCUUCCAUCCCUCCAUCCUUCCACCCCCUAUUCCUCCACACGUGGCCUUCCUCCAUCCCUUCUUCCUCCCCCCUCCAUUCCUCUCCUGGCCGCCUUCCCCCAUCCCGUCUUCCUUCCACCCCCUCCGCUCCCCGCCUGCGGUCCCCACCCUUCCCCCCCUCUCUUCCUCCGCCCGGCGCCUGACUCCAUCCCUCCUUCCUGCCUCUUCCACCGCGCUCCGCUCGCCGCCUGCCCCCAUCCCGUCUUCCUCCCGCACCCCCCCUCCGCCACCCCGCGCCUUGCACCCCCCCCCGCCCUCCGCCCGCCGCCUGCCCCCAACCCUCCAUCUCCCCCCCCCCGCAGCCUGCGCCUCGGGGGAAGCAGGCAUCCGCGCACCGGUGGGGAGGGGGGGGCACGGAGCCUGCGUGCGGCGGCGGAGGAGGAGGAGGAGAGGGGGCAAUUGAAGGCCAGGGGGGGCAAUUAAUUCCCCGGCCCCCCGGAAUAUCUGAUGUGCUGCAGAUCCGCCCCGAGCAGCGGCUCCCUCCUCCCCAGCUAUGGAUUGUCUCUGCAUAGUCACCACCAAGAAAUAUCGCUACCAAGAUGAGGACAGCCCGCCCCUGGAGCAGAGCCCGGCGCAUCUCCCCAACCAGGUAAAGGCCCCCGAGCUCGUCCACGUCUCGGAGAAGAACUUGUCCCAGAUCGAGAACGUCCACGGCUACGUGGCCCACUCCCACGUCUCCCCCAUGAAGGCGAAUUCUCCGCCCGUCAUCGUCAAUACGGACACGCUGGAGGCGCCGGCCUAUGUGAACGGGACGGAGGGGGAGAUGGAGUACGAAGAAAUCACGUUAGAACGGGGUAACUCCGGGCUGGGGUUCAGCAUUGCCGGGGGGACGGACAACCCCCACAUUGGGGACGACCCCAGCAUCUUCAUCACGAAAAUCAUCCCGGGGGGGGCAGCGGCUCAGGACGGCCGCCUCAGGGUGAACGACAGCAUCCUGUUUGUGAACGACGUGGACGUGCGAGAGGUGACGCACAGCACGGCGGUGGAGGCGCUGAAGGAAGCCGGCUCCAUCGUCCGCCUCUACGUCAUGCGGCGUAAGGCCCUGGCCGAGAAGGUCAUGGAGGUGAAGCUCAUCAAGGGGCCCAAAGGUCUGGGGUUCAGCAUCGCGGGGGGCGUCGGGAACCAGCACAUCCCGGGGGACAACAGCAUCUACGUCACCAAGAUCAUCGAGGGGGGGGCCGCCCACAAGGACGGGCGCCUCCAGAUCGGGGACAAGAUCCUGGCGGUGAACAACGUCAGCCUGGAGGACGUGAUGCACGAGGACGCCGUGGCCGCGCUGAAAAACACGUACGACGUCGUCUACCUGAAGGUGGCGAAACCCACCAACAUGUACCUCAACGACUCCUACGCCCCACCCGACAUCACCACCUCGUACUCCCAGCAUCUGGACAAUGAAAUCAGCCACCAGAGUUACCUGGGGACUGACUACCCACAAGCCAUGACCCCCACCUCCCCCCGGCGCUACUCCCCCAUCCCCAAGGAGAUGAUGGGGGAAGAGGACAUACCCAGGGAACCCCGCCGGAUCAUCAUCCACCGCGGCUCGACGGGCCUGGGAUUCAACAUUGUCGGGGGUGAGGAUGGCGAAGGAAUCUUCAUCUCCUUCAUCCUGGCAGGGGGGCCGGCUGACCUGAGUGGGGAGCUGCGGAAAGGGGACCAGAUCCUCUCGGUGAACGGGGUGGAUCUCAGGAACGCAACCCAUGAGCAGGCUGCCAUCGCUCUGAAAAACGCUGGGCAGACGGUGACGAUCAUCGCACAGUAUAAACCUGACGAGUACAGCCGCUUCGAGGCCAAAAUCCACGACCUGCGGGAGCAGCUGAUGAACAGCAGCCUGGGCUCCGGGACGGCGUCGCUCCGCAGCAAUCCCAAGCGAGGCUUUUAUAUCCGGGCGCUGUUCGACUACGACAAGACGAAGGACUGCGGGUUCCUGAGCCAGGCGCUGAGUUUCCGCUUCGGGGACGUGCUGCACGUGGUGGACGCCUCGGACGACGAGUGGUGGCAGGCGCGGCGGGUCCACCCUGACGGGGAGGGGGACGAGAUCGGCUUUGUGCCCAGCAAGAGACGGGUGGAGCGCCGGGAGUGGACGCGGUUAAAGGCCAAGGAUCGGGUGCCAGGAUCGGGCUCUCAAGGUCGGGAAGAUUCAGUGCUGAGCUACGAGAGUGUGAUGCAGAUGGAAGUGCACUACGCUCGCCCCAUUAUCAUCCUGGGGCCCACGAAGGACCGAGCGAAUGACGAUCUGCUCUCCGAGUUCCCCGACAAGUUCGGCUCCUGCGUCCCCCACACCACGCGGCCGAAGCGGGAGUACGAGGUGGACGGGCGGGACUAUCACUUCGUGGCCUCGCGGGAGAAGAUGGAGAAGGACAUCCAGGGCCACAAGUUCAUCGAGGCCGGACAGUACAACAGCCACCUGUACGGGACCAGCGUCCAGUCCGUGCGCGAGGUGGCCGAGCAGGGCAAACACUGCAUCCUGGACGUCUCGGCCAACGCCGUGCGGCGGCUCCAGGCCGCCCAGCUCCACCCGAUCGCCAUCUUCAUCCGGCCCCGGUCCCUGGAGAACAUCCUAGAGAUCAGCAAGCGGAUAACAGAGGAGCAGGCACGAAAAGCCUUCGACCGCGCCAUGAAACUGGAACAGGAAUUCACAGAGUGCUUCUCGGCCAUCGUCGAAGGCGAGAGUUUCGAGGAGAUCUACCACAAAAUCAAGCGGAUUAUCGAGGAACUUUCGGGGCCGUACAUCUGGAUCCCGGCCCGGGAGAGACUUUAGGGGGACUCCCCGCUCGGCGGGACCUGCGGCCUGACCCACAAGCCCUUGGACGCGGAACUGAGCCGUUCGCUUUCGUUUCAGGGAGGAGGUUUCGGGAAGUGGGGGGGAUCCGGUCUAUUUCUUUCUUCUUCUCCUUUCUGAUUUUUUUUUUCUUGCAAUCCUUCGCCCGGCUCCUGCCCCGCCGCCCCCCCCAGCCAAGAUCUGCCCCCUUCUCUCUGCACCCAGCCCGCCCGCUUCGAGGAAAGCGCUCUGUGCAUGCUUGUCUUUUUUUCGAGAGGUGGUGGCUUGUGACGUCUGCGCUUCUGGCACUUUGCUAUUGUCCCCGUCCCCGCCGGGCCGCCCCCCAUCGGAUCCGGACCUGGGAUCCGAUCGAGGAGACGCGCUGAAAGACCAGAAAGGGGGUGGCGGCGGCGGGGGGCGGAGGAGAAGAAGAGAAGAAUGAAACGCGCCAAGAAAAAGGGUGGCCCAAAAUCGCCUCGCCGGAGGAUCGAAAACCGGAUUUAUCGCUGAGAUCCAAGGAGACCUUGUUCGGGAUUCGGUGCCAUGUGGACUCAACGCCGGAUUCGGCGAGUCCUUUGGAGGAUCGCAUGGGGGGCGGGGGGAGGGAAACGAACAACAUGGAAGGAUAAAGCCGGGAAAACGGAUUUAAAAAAUCGACCAACCAACCCCUUUCCGAGACUAGUAAGUUUAAUUUUUUUUGUUGGCCGGGGACACAGGUGAAAAUUACCCACGAUCCUCCUUGAUCUUUCUACCCAACCGAAGGGCAACUUUCUUUCUAAACCAACACGGGAAGGCGCGUUGGCGAGAGACCCCCCAGCGCCGUCUCCGAAAGGCAGGCGCUUCGCCGAUUUUUUCCGCCCUCCCCCCCCCGCAAGAGGGAUCGGACCUGUUCUUUUCCGUUCCUGUUUUCUCUCUCGCUCCGGUUCAUCUCCUUCCCUUUUCGGCGCAUGGUGGCUUUAAAAAAAAAAACGAAAAAAAACAAACGGAAAAAAAAAGCAGCAGGAAAACGUGACCAAAAAAACCAACAAAAAAAAAAAAAAAGCAUUUUUGCUGUUCGGCGAUUUCUAUUUUCCUUUCCGGGCGGAGAAAAGACUCGGGGUGGGGGGAACCGAAACACGUUUUCAACGUUCUGUGAAUAUCUAUAUUUUUCCCCCUCUCGGGGUCAUGGGGAGUAUUUUGGUCCGGCUGUGCGUGAUUGUACGAACCCGGGGGUGGGUGGGGAGGUGUCAGACGCUCCUUUCUUUGCUCGUUACCGAGAUUUGCGUUGGGACAUGUUCUUAAUUAUGACGAUGCUUCUUUCUUUCAUUUUUUCUUUUUCGUUUCUUCUUAUUUUCUUUUUUUUUUUGUAUAUAAACUCCAGCCGGCCGCAGAGACCCUUGCUAGAAAAAAGACCUACCGCCUCCGGCCCGAGUGAUUCAGCUAGCGGUGAAUUUGGUGUGGGGGCGCCCCCCUCCCUCCCGCCCCAAGGCAAGGGUGAAAGGCAGGGAGGAGGGAAGAGAAAGAAAGGGGGUCAGGGAUGAGUAGUAGAUACCGAGAAAUAGGAAUAGCUGAGUAUCGUGGUGAGAGCGGGGCAGGAUGGGAGCCAGGACUCCUGGGUUCUCUCCCCGGCUCUGGGACAGGAGUGGGGGCUGGUGGGUCAGAGCAGGGGGGCUGGGAGUCAGGACUCCUGGGUUCUCUCCCCGGCUCUGGGAGGGUAGUAGGGGCCGGUGGGUUGGAGCAGGGGGGGCUGGGAGCCAGGACUCCUGGGUUCUUUCCCUGGCUCUGGGAGGGGAGCAGGGAGCUAGUGGUUAGAGCAGAGGGAGCUGGGAGCCGGGACUUCUGGGUUCUGUCCCCCAAAUGCACUUUCUCGGCCUCUGCAGUGACCAUAACCCACCCCACGGGCGGCGCUGUUUGUAGUUAAUACCCCCGGGGCAGCUGGACGCUCCCCCCCCCCGCCCCUCAGGGAGGCAAUCGAGCAGGCAGCCGCCUGGGCUUUCCUUUACUUCAGACGGGUGAAGCAGGAAGGAUUUAGGGGCAGGUGGGAAUUCUUCCCCCUGGGGGGGGGCGCAUUGACCUCUGGGGCUGUUUCAGGCUUAGCGACGGGGGGUCUCUUUCCUACAGGGGUCUGGGAAUGUG